UUUUUUUUUUUUGUAGAAAGGAAGACAAUAGAACUUUUGAGAACGAGGAAGAAGCAAAGACGAGGAGCGGGUGCAGGACCACACAAUUACUUGAUCGAAAAUAAUAAAAACCAAUGGUAUGAUAUCUCAAAAAAGAGUUGAAGGGCAAGUGCGCUCUCUACAAGGAAAAGAUUUUAUGACGAUGAGAUAGACCGGGGAACAUGAUGAUGGCACGUAAUAGGAGGGAAUCCAGUUGUCCAGUGUCCGAAUGCGAGGUCCAAUGAAGUCAAAGAAGUCCAAAUUCUACAGGGUUUCUUUAAUCCAUCUCGAUGUGGAGAAGGAAUGGCGGUUUCUGAGGCGGAAGUAGUCCCCAAGACGGAGGAGCUUGGGUUAGGGUUGGCCACAGCCGCGUCCUCUCCUUCUUCCCCUUCCGAUUCUUUUGUGGAAGCCCUCACUGGAGAGUUUGCGAGCUUGAAGCUGGAGAAGAAGUCGGCGGAGGAAGCUGGUGAUCAGGACAAUACCGGGGCUGGAGAUCAGGAAGAGAUCACUGGUGACGAGAAUGGUGGUGUUGUUGAGAAGGAUUCGGGUUCGCCGGGGAAGGAGAAAGAGGGGAAGGAAGAGAGGUUUCGGUAUCCACAGAGACUCGAUGCGCCUGACUGCACGUAUUAUGUGAAGAAUGGAACCUGCCGAUUCGGAUCGAGCUGCAAGUUUAAUCAUCCUGCCAGGAGGAAGAGGAAUAAGGUGAAAUCCAAGAAACCAUUUGAGGCGAAUCAGGCUGUUAAAGAAGAGCAAAAGGAACCUAUUCCAAAGGUGGGACAGACAGAAAGCAAGGUUGAUAAGAAGGAAGAGAAAGCUUCCUCAGAUAUGGUGGGGCAGAUGGAAUGUGAGGCUGUUGAUGAAAUGCAAAAUGGAACUCUUUCAGAAAGGGGGGAGGAAAAAGAUUCCAAGGCUACUGAAGAAAAGGGAAAAGAAACACUUUCUGAAAGGGCUGGGCAAAUGGAAUGCAAGUAUUACUCAAUGCCAGGAGGCUGCAAGUUUGGAAAAGCCUGUAAAUAUGUUCAUCAUCCAGGAAAACUCGAAAAUAACUCAGUGCAGCUAAACUUUUUGGGCCUUCCAAUUCGACCAGGAGAACGUGAGUGCCCUUAUUACAUGCGUACUGGCAGUUGCAAAUUUGCGACAAACUGUAAGUAUCAUCAUCCUGAUCCUACUGCUGUGGGUGGACAAGAUCCUCGAUCAGGACAUCGAAAUAGUGAACCUCCACAACAUGGUUUAGGAGCACCACAAGUGCCGAUGACCUGGCCUGUGCAGAGAAUGUCAAAUGAGCCGAUUUCUUUUCUUAAUGCAUCACCCUCUUAUGUUCCUGGGAUGAUUUUACCUCCUCAAGGUUUCCAUUCAAAUCCAGAAUGGAAUGGGUAUCAGGCUCCAGUAAGUCCAUUGUUUCCACCAGAUAUUCAUGCUCGGAACUCAGCUUCAACCAUAAAUCAUAAAACAAAUAAGGGAGAUAUUCCUGUAAGUCAGCAAGUGCCCGUUGAUGAAUAUCCUGAGAGACCUGGCCAGCCAGAAUGCCAGUAUUUCAUGAAACAUGGGGUUUGUAAAUUUAAAACAGCAUGUAAAUUUCACCAUCCGAAGACUCGUCCUCAAACUGUGCCGGUAGGCGUUCUUAGCCCCGUCGGCCUGCCUUUGAAACCAGAUCAACCAGUGUGCACACAUUAUAAUCGUUUCGGAGUGUGCAAGUAUGGACCUUCUUGUAAAUUUGAUCAUCCAAUUGGUCACGGUUCUUCAGCAUCAGCAGGUGUGGUGGUAUCUGGACAGAUUGCGACCCCAAACAAUGCUACAACAUAAGAAUCUAAUGCAACAAGCGGCAAUUAUUUGGUUCAAGCCAGAGCAAUACUUUUGAGGCCUUUGCUGUAAAAUCAUAGGUCAACUUAGCUGCGCAGAGCUAUAUAAACACUGCCUUGGUGCCAGAUUUCAGAUUUCCAUUACAUUGGUUUAACUGUUCACUUUUUGGUUUGUACAGGAAUUCGUGUAUUAUAUGUACCAAAAAUGUAGACUAAAUAACAAUAACAUAGCUCAAAAAAAUUAUGCUGGGAAAAUUGAAGGUUAUUAGGUGAAUAAAAUCUCCUGUGUCUUCCUA